AUGAGAUUCACUGCCGCCCUCGCCGUCAUCUUUGCCGCCUCGUCCGUCUCCGCCGCCCCCGUCUCCGCCGCCGCCCCCGUCUCUGCCGUCGCCGCCUCCGAGGUAGACGCCCGCGGCGUCAUUAGCGACGGCGCCCAACGCCUCGGCAGCGGCGUCCAGUCCCUCGCCGACAAUGCCGGCAACAUGAUGGAAAAGGGCGGCGCCAUGCUCUCCAACGCCAUUACCCAGGCCGGCCAGGGCGCCGACACGGCCGUCGGCAACGUGCAGGCCGCCGCCCAAAAGGCCGGCCAGGACGUGCAGGCCACCGCCCAAAGGGUCGGCCAGGACGUGCAGGCCGCCGCCCAGAGGACGGGCCAGGAAGUGCAGGCCAUGGUGCAGGACGCCGCGGAUGGUGUCAGGGGAAUGGCCAAGGAGGUCGGCGACAAUGCAAAGGGCAUGGUCGACGCCGCCGGCCACUUGGCCAAGGGCGCGGGCAACCUCAUGAAUGGCAUCGAAAAGGGACUGACUAGCUGCGCCAGCGGCGAGAACCCUGCCUGCAACAAAUAA